GUCUUGACCAUCAGCAGUUUAUUCGCUCUAGUUGUCGGUGCACGGAAAGAGGAUUUGGUCUAAAGACCCGGCCGAGACCGAAGGAGCUAGCGGUAUCCCAGGGACUGACCCAGGUCCCCGUGUCGGUCAGCGGGCCUGCUCCGGCUCCGUGGCCUGAUCUCCACCGGCGGCAGAUAAGCUGCAGUUGAAGCCUUCGAGAUGCUCCGAGCUCUCUACAGCUGCACAACAACACCGUCACCGAUACCGGCCCGGGGACACAGCUAUGCUUUUCAGACGGAGAGCCAGGAUGUUGCGAUGGCUGGUUUGCGGACGCUUGGGUCCAGUGUGGAUGUGGAAGGCAUUGCUGCUCUUCGUGGCCAUUGCGUUCGCCAGCCAGCUGUUGGGGGUCAUCUUCAACAAGAGUGUCCAACCAGCUGCUCACUCCAUUUUCUCGUCCCCUGAUGCUCAGGGGCCCUCUUUGGGCUCCUGUCAGCCCCACACCCACAUCAUGUUUCUGAAGACCCACAAGACGGCCAGCAGCACUGUGCUCAACAUGCUGUACAGAUUUGGUGAAGAGCGCAACCUUCGCUUUGCCCUGCCAAUGGGCUACCAGCUGGGCUAUCCGCUGCCCUUCAAUGCUCACAGAGUCAAAGGGUAUCAGGGUCCUGGAGCCAUGGAGUUCCACAUCAUGGGAAAUCACAUGAGAUUUAACAUGCUGGAGGUGGAGAAGGUCAUGCCGGAAGACACCUUCUACUUCUCUAUCAUCAGAGACCCGGUCUCUCUGGCUGAGUCCUCCUUUGCUUAUUACAAAGAAGUAGCACCUGCCUUUCGGAAAGCCAAAGGAUUGGGCGACUUUGCUGAUGACCCUAAUAAAUACUACGACACUCGUCUCCGCAAUAACCACUAUGCCCGUAACUUGCUGUGGUUUGACUUUGGCAUGGACCACAAUGCUAAUUUCUCAAUGGCACUGGCUCAGCGUGGUGAGGCAAUGAUCCGCCGGGCCUUCAAGCUAAUUCUGGUGUCUGAGUACUUUGACCAGUCCAUGAUCUUGUUGAGGCACGCCCUCUGCUGGCCACUGGACGCCGUUGUCUCUUUCAGCCUCAAUGCCCGCCAGCAGAAGCCCACUGGCAUUGGGGUGAUGAGUGGGAGCUGGGUGGGCAAAGCAGCGGCAGCGGCUGGUGUCAGUGUUAGAGGAGGACGUUCGCAAGCUAAAAUGCCGCCCAAUCUGCCACUCACAGAGGAACAGCGUGAGAGGCUGCGGCAGUGGAACGCCUUAGACUGGUACUUAUACAAAGCCUUCAACCAGACCUUCUGGGAGGAGAUCCAGAGGUUUGGUCUCAAUGAGAUGGAGCAGGAAGUAGCUCUUCUCAGGGCACGGCGGGAAGAACUAGCCCGGGUUUGUCUUAGGGAUGGUGGGAAACCUGUGGAGGCAUACCGGAUCCGAGAUAAAACCAUCCGGCCAUUUCAGAGUGGAUUAGUGAAGAUUCUUGGCUAUGAGCUUCAGUCGGGGCUGGACAACACCACCAGAACAGCCUGUCUAAGGAUGAUCAGACCAGAGAUCCAGUACAAAGACGUGCUUGAUGCUAAGCAGUUCCCACGGGAUCCGAAGACUCAAGUUCAGGCAGGGCAACAGAGCCAGGGACGGAUGGUCUCAGCCGGUGGCUCUUUUUUAAGACACGAUUCAUCUAGAACAGGAGAGACGCUGGUGGCGGGAGAGGUUGGGGGGAGGACAGUGGAGGAAGGGGAGAGAGACUGGGAUGGAAGCCAUUUAAUUCGGACCAACCACACUUUGAUGCGAGGGAAAGCACAAGGAAGGUUGAGAUAGUUUGAGGUGAGUGUCCUUCUCAAAUAUGGUACCUUUGGACUUGGAGAAAACAGAAAGAUACUCCUUUGCACUUGCAACCUUUUAGUCAUUUUCCUGUAUUCUUAAAAACUGUCUCUACUGUUAGUUGGUGUAAUCCUUUUGGACUUGACUUUGAACCUCUUAGCACCUGUGAUGCUUUCAUGGCUGCAAUAACAAGCUGAACAGGAAUUGAAAGGCCAACUUAGAUUUUUUGUAUAAGGAGAAGUUGUGGUGUUAGUGGGUCCUGCUGCUGUUCAUCAGUCACGUGACAGCAGACACACAGAAGCUUGUUUUAUUCUCUCUUCAUAUUCAUACUUUUUAAGAGUUGUGAUUUACAUGUUGACCUCAGUGCCCGUGCUUGAAAUUUCUCAACAUAAAGGUAAGAGUGGCCCCAGUUUGUGCCUCUCAUGCAGUACCAUUACAUGAGCGAAAGAGCGAACAUCUGUUUUUGAGAUAAAUGCCUGAUGAUUUCUCAAACACAAGGGUCAUUUUUCCAGAAACCUCAGAGACUCUUCUUGCAAUUUGGAUGAAGAAAUAUCCUAACUGCUGCUCGGAUAAAAAUGUGUUUAACUUGUUUCUAUAGUUGCUAAAUCAAUUUUCACAUUUCCCACAGGGGCACAAAAUUAUUUGAGAAUUGUAUUUUCAUACAAACUAAUAUCAAUCAAUCAAUCAAUCCAAUUUUAUUUGUAUAGCCCAUAUUCACAAAUUACAAUUUCACUCGAAGGGUUUACGAUGAGGCUGUAUAUAUUGCACAAAAUGAGCCGUUUUCAGACAUUGCUUGUGAAGGAUCUCGUGAGGUUUCCUUUCACACAUGUUCACAAGAAACAAAUAUCCAUAGGAUUCAGACGAAGUGGGAGCAGUGGGCAGAGGCAGCAUGUAACAUAUUAAUUCCACUGCAGAGAUCACAUGAUUUUCUUAACAGCACAUUGACAACGCAUUACAUCAUCACAAACUCUCUUGACAUCUUCAUCAUUGUUUUCUACAUGUUGAAGCACGAGAACCCCCUCGUUGUGCAUCCAGAGGGGGAUCUCUUACUGUGUUCUCACACUGACAUCUGUGGACAUUUUGCUGGCUUUAUACUAUGGGGUCUGGUGGAGAAAGUCUGCAGAAACUGCAGGGGGUCUCACCCGGACAUUUGCAUCCACACAUACACCUCCUCCAGAGAGUCUCUGGAAUUCAGUGCAUGUCUGAAAGAAGCUAAAGUAUGUUAUUUCCAUCUACCUGAAUUAGGAGAUAUCAUGUAAUGGAUUGAAAUGUUUUUUUUAUUCAGAUGGUUGGAAGAGUCUUGUGACAACUGCUGCUAAACCACCUUCUGUGUCUGAGAGUAAAUUUCAGAAAACCUCUUUGAAUUAAAUUUAAGAGAAACACAUCAGAUUGCAAACUAGGAUCAGAGUAUGUAUCUAGCCAAUUUUCCAUGGCUGAUAGAGUUUCAAGUCAGUGCGGGUUGGUAGUUGUUCAGGGGUUCAGCUUCGGACUGAUAACCUGAAUGUCUUAUCAAAUAUCUCUGAAUAAUACAUGAGUGGAAAAGGAUCUGAGGCCUGCACUUCUGUUUUGAGCUGUCUGAUACUCACCAGUCUGCAGGAAGCAGGUGAGUGUGACCAUUUAGGCUCAUUGGUUUCUUCCACUAUCUGCUAAAAUAGAUACAUGCACACACAUUCCCACAGAGACACUAAUGCUUUGACAUAGUGUGAAAAAAUGUCCUCUCUGAUCACCGCCUAUAAUUUGAGACAAAACCUUAAAUGUUCCAACAGAAAUUUAGUGAUGUAGGUAGGGUGCUGUGACUUGACCUUGUUUUAGAUUACAUGUGUUAUUUCAAGGAGACACCAGUGCUGCUCAGGAGCUUGCCUAACCUCAUAAAACACCCAAAGACACAAUAGCUUUGGGCACAGGAGCGCUCGAAAGGAUCUUGUGUCCUGUAGAGGUCACAUGCUUGCUCAUGUGAAGUGAGCUGACUGGAUUAGUAUGAACUAUAGUCAGAAGCUGUUCUGCAAACCCAGCCUGGCUGUUAACCUGACUUUGCUUGUGUGGAGGUCAGAUCCAGUGAUUGUUAUAGUGCAUGUGUGAGAUAUCAUAAUAAUAAUUAGUUACAGACUCAAGUUCAAACAGCAGCUUGAUAAGUCAAGCUAUUGACAUUACACAAAACAUGGAUGACGAAAGUAAUGUUGGUUGAUGGUUGGAACCUUUUGAUUAAUGGUACAAAUACUAAUUAAUGGUAAUUGUAAUGCAUUUACAUUUUUAGCCUUUAAUCUCUUAUUUGGUAUUUGGUUGUGACCAUUAUCAACUGUCCAUGUAGAGUGACCUGGAUUUGAAAUUUUAUUUAUUAUCAUUAACACUAAUAACGAGUCAGUUUCGGGGAAUUUAUUGUUGCAGCAACAACCAAGUUUUUUCCGCAUUCCAACCUCAAAGCACAUAAACACGCAAAAGUCAGAAGAAUGACUUUGUCUUAUUUUCCUCUCAUAAAAUCAGUCAUACACACAAUUGUCCAUCUUCUGUCUGUGUAUUGUUUGAGUGUUUGUUUAUGCUAAAUAACUAAAAAAUAACGUGUUGUUUUCACACACAUCGCUAACAAGAGCAAGUACAGCAAAGGCAGCCAUCUCGGUUCUCUGACUACUUGAACGUGGUCAACUCAGGUGUCAUUCCCGGCUUUGACUUCUGUGGUAUAUGGAACACAUCAUUAAUUACAUAUGUCCUUGUCAAAUGAUCUGCGAAAGCUGGCUGUAACAAUGGAAACCAAGGCUGAAAUGGUGGGUGUCAUGAUGUCACUGAUGUGGUUCACUUUUAGUUCUGUGACAUGAAUAUGUCAAGUAGGGCUGUCACGAUAUCAGAUUUCCAUUAAUCAUUCAUCAUGCCAAAAAGAAAUCACAAUAAGG